CGGCAAUUGAGCAUUCAAAGUGACCGCUCUUGUUUUCACAAAUUUUGUUCUUUUGGGAAUUGCGCAUUCCUGCAGAUUCUUCGUUUCUCUGAUCCGCCAUGCUGUCGUGUCUGCGAAAGUUCGUGCCAUUUGGUCAGGUGUACAUUGGCAGGAACGAUCAGCGUGUCAGUCUCGGCAAUUCUGAAGUUUUGGACUUUCAACGAUUAAGCCAUGGUGUGAUUCACGAACCAUCGCGCUUCGUCGACGAGACCAUGUCAGCAGAUUAUGUGCUGAUUCCGACAGAUACUCGGUCGAUGACGAAUAUAACGCAACGGAUCGACGAACGUCCAGUGUCUCAUGCAGCAGCUAUACCACGACAUCAGUCGGUUGAAACAUCUACCGCGGCCCUUGAAGAUGAACUUUAUGUGAUGGGAUCCACUGUAGUAUGGAGUCGAGAAGGCCACUUCGUUAAAGCAUUCCAAUACCAAGAUACAAAACAGCCGGUUCAGCUAGCAUUGUUCGCCUGGUUUCCUUCUUUCAGUCACAAAGCCGACGGUAGUGAACAACAGCCCACGAAUUCCGAGAACAAAUCAGGCAAUCCAUCCAGCAACCCUGCUUCAAACUCGUCGACGGCAUUGGGAGCAGGAGAAUCCCGUAAACGAAAACAUCCCCAAGACGAGGAAGAAUUAUGGUGGGAAAGUUCAACUUCAGGGAUCGAUCCUCUGACAGAGCACGUGUCAGAAGGGCAAUCAAGGGAACCUUUGCUGCGCAAAGCGUUGUGCAUCAUUUUUCAGGAUUUUAUGAAAAUUCAUUUUAUGGACGGUACCUUUUACGCUGUCAAUCUGCCGUUUGCAGUUCAACGUGCGUGUGCAAUGAACGUCGGAAUCAUCCUCGAAAAGAAAUAUCGUGAUAACAGUGAAAAUAUCCACUCUUCGUCGUUCUCUUCGCCCGCCUUUGCUAUCAUCGACCACCCCAUAGAAGAAGUGAAGUUUUUCGACCGGGAAAAGAACAGUGAGCUGCAUGACUCUAAUUCAGAACAUCAACUGGUCUAUGCUGGUGUCACUCCUGCAAAGGGCGAUCAAAUCACGCUGAUUGUCACCUACAACCGCGCGGAUCACACCCACUCCUUGUGGAAAUAUUUCACCAUUCAGGAACUUGUCCCUCAGUCCACGACCAAAAACCCUAGCAAAACCACAGGGUUAUCUCUGUCCCCGCCCAGAAAAACACGUCAAACCGCAGCAUCCCCUCUUUCAAGAUCGGAUCACAAUCGACGGGAACAUGCCGAACAAACACGUCCUACCUCCAGUAAAUCCUCAUCAUCCCGAUCGCCUGUAGCACGACGAAAUUCACUCGCUCACAUUCUGGAGAAAGGUUCAUCAGCUGGCGUACCUUCGCGGGAUGAGACAGAAGACGACCAAAAAGAAGAAGUUCUCGAAACCAAGUUGAUCUUACAAUUACUGUGGCGAGAAAAUCCACCCAAGAUCACCACGCAGUCAACCGAAUUUAAGCAAUCGUUUUCUUUCAUUGCACACGAUCAUGAAGGCCACGAAAAGCUCUACCUCAUGAAUUAUAUGCGAAAUACCUUGACGUGCGUGGAUUUACACGUCUUGACAGCUCCAGGACGCGGAGGUUUGGCUCAGGGAAAGAGAAGAUCGAUCUCGGAGACGAUACCAGCGAAAGCUGCUGUGCCUCUCUUUGCCACUCGUCAAGAUCAUGCCGAUAUCCUCGUUUUACAAGACAGUCACCGCCUGAGCUUAUAUAUCGAUCUGAAACAUGCUCCUAUUGACAUUCAUCUUCCCGCAUCACCUUUUACAUAUCCAUUGCUAUCUUCAUCAUUCUCAACUGCGCAUUCAUCAUCUACAUCAUCAUCUUCUUCUGCUACAACAUCGGUUUAUCCUCUUCGAGAAAACACCAUUAUUCUAUUGAAAGAUCCUGUUUUCGACAAGGUCAAUAUCGUAUUCGCGCCAAACGCCACCUUUCGAUUCACAGCCGAUUUUCGACCUCGCACCAUCCUUGUACGAGACUGUCUAGCUGGUUUAACCUGUGUUUUAGACCCAAACGCGUUCCACGCAUUGAAGUCUCGCUUCACCCGUUUCUGCUACCAGCAUUCCUGGCCCCGGCUAGCCAACAAGUCGCGAUAUAAUGUCGAAUGGAACUCUUUCGCUGUCACUUUGCUCUCCUUUCUACCAAUCCAGCUAACCCAAGCAAGAUCCCCGCGAACAGCUUAUGAAAAUUUAAUCUCCAAUUGCACUUCCCAGACAAAGUUGCCGCAGCAAUUACACAGAAGAACACACAACGCACAAAUGCCAUCAUCCCACGAUAUCAAUUUCACCACAUGGAUUCAGCAAGCGCUUGCUUUGAGGCAGACAGAACAACGAGGACAGGAUUGGCAACCGUCUCAAAUAGAUUCCGUGAUUCGAUGCUUGCACCUCCUUUUCGAAGAUUGCCGCAUUUGUUCAUUGAAACACCAUUACAUGCUAUCGAUUGGGCGUCUUUUGGCAGGAUUAUCGUGCAUGACACAACAAAUGACGCGGUUGUCGUACUAUCGAUCGCACGGGAUUCAGUUGGAUGAAUCAUCACCAUAUUAUGGAAUUAUCAACUACCCACAUGCAGAGAGCGGGGUAGUCGAUGAAAAGUCAAAGGUCUUAUUAUACAAUAUCGAAGUGUGGCUGCAAUAUAUCUCACCUGAAGCGGAGGUUCGUCCCCAGCUGGACAAUGUAUUCGCAAUGGAGCACACCGAACCGUCCAAGGGUAUAGGAUACCACACCUACGGUCGCACUGUAAAGAUGGUGUGGCAACUGUACGAGCACUAUGCUAAAUAUGCCAGCGAUCCGGGUCAAGUGAUCCGUUACAUGCUUCUGACUGGAUACACGCGCGAUGACCUUGACAAUUUGAAAUCCACCAUUGCUGCUCCGUUGCUUGAGGUGUUGGACCAUUUUAAAUGGAAUCCUCCAAUGCAUUGGUCAAAGUCUGCCUACUUGCUCAUAGGUCGUGAGGAUAUUGCUGAACAGUUGAAUUUGGUCGACACCGUGCGCGAUCCGAAUACCAACAAGUUCAGAUUUUCAACGGGAACGAGUGACAAGAAAUUGGAUAUGCAUCAGCUCAUGGGCCGAUGUCGUUCCACCAAAUCGCGACGCCACAAGAGUUAUCAUUCAGAUCAGACAGUUCCUCUCAAUGUAGACACUGAAAAGUUGCGCUUUGGGUUCACGAAUGUCAUUGGAACCGUACGAAAAAGUCUGGAUGCUUCUUUUACACCCGAGUACACCAUUCCUAUGAACCUCGAAUUGGAUGAUGCUCAACAAUCGGCGGAACAUCAGGCCCACGUCGAAAAUCUGGUGCAAAGAACGCUAGCGUUGGCCAUGGGUCGAGGGAUAUUUGCGUAUGGGUCUUUGAAGGCGGACGUGACCAAAGGAAUUCCUUUGGAGCCCAUCAGUUUAUCUGGAAAAUUGCUACCUUUACGCACAGUCGUGACGUUAGAUGAACGGUCUUUCAAUCCUAAUUAUUUCGUUUGGAGUCGGUUCCAUAACGGCGUGGCUGCUGGUUUGGCGAUAUCACCUAGCAGUCAGAUCGAUGCUUCCUGGAUCCUUUACUGUUGCCCGGACGAUUCCGAAGCCCAUCACGGCGGUUUUCUGCUCGCUUUGGGACUCAACGGUUUCCUUCGACGACUGCCAGUGGUUAGUUGGUUUCGCUAUAUGACGCAGUCCAAUUCUUUGGUGCUCGUAGGAUUUAUUCUCGGACUAGCCACGGCCUAUCGAGGCUCGAAAAACCAGCCCGCUGUGAAGCUUCUUUCCGUCUACAUUCGGUCGAUUCUUCCUUCUAGCCACGGCAAGCAUCGUGGAUUAACCAAAAACUCGGAAGCGGCAGCAUUAGUUGGUAUGGGGCUUCUUUACUACGAAACAUGUGAUCGAUAUAUGGCCGGUAUCAUGAUGGACGAGCUGAAGAGUUAUGCCAGUACGGAUUCGUCGGAGGCCAGUCCCGAUUUCGAAGGUUGCGCUCUUGCGGCCGGGUAUGGUCUCGGACUCAUUGCUCUGGGCAAAGGAGACACGGCGACAAGCUUAGCGGAUCUGAAAAUCAGGGAGAAACUCUACUAUUUGAUGAACGGAGUCUCAGCAGUACCUAUAGAACGUCAAAAAAGCACAUUCAUCCAAGACGGGAUAGUGAAUCUGGAUGUCACCGCUCCAGGAGCUACCAUGGCUUUGGCACUCAUAUAUUUGAAGACUGAAAAUGCGCGCGUUGCGGAACAAAUCGAUCUGUUACCCUCCCGUCCUUACCUCAAUUUCAUCCGACCCGAUUUGUUACUAUUGCGCGUGGUGGCAAAGAGUUUGAUUAUGUGGGGCAGUAUUCAGCCUGCCGACGAAUAUAUCUACAGCCAUCUGCCUGCUUUUCUUCGAAGCGAUACCAGUGAUCCAAGCGAUUGGGAUUACGAAAUGGGCAAACAAGCAAAAUACAACAUCAUUGCCGGUGCGUGUCUAUGCAUCGGUUUACGCUAUGCUGGAACAAAGGACGAACAAGCAUUCAAUUGUCUCUUGUCCCACUUGGACGAAUUUAUGCGACUAUCCAAUAUCACAGCCAUUUCAUUUCAGCAGAAUAUCACUAAAAGUGCCGUGAAGGCGUGUGUUGAUGUGACGACGACGGCUGCCGCAAUGGUGAUGGCAGGAACGGGCAAUCGAGAACUAUUGGAUCGGCUUCUUGUUCUACGAAAUCGCAUCAGCAAGGACGUCAGUUACGGCAAUCAUAUGUCUACUCACAUGGCGAUGGGGUUAUUAUUUGCCGGUCUGGGUGGCUACACGCUAAAGACGGACAAUGAAGCGAUCGCAGGAUUGUUGCUGGCUUUCUAUCCUUUCUAUCCAACUUCGCCCAUGGAUAAUCGAUACCAUCUGCAAGCGUUUCGACAUUUCUGGACGUUUGCUGUGGAUGCACGAUGGCUUAUACCGUUUGACAUAAAAGAUCGUCGACCGUGCAGCAUCCCGUUGUGGUUAUCCAUGUAUGAAGACCCAGUGCCACCUUCAGGUCGCCGACGACUGCAAGACUAUCGCAUCAUUGCGCCUACGGUGGUUCCCAGCUAUAGUCAAAUCAAAUCGAUUCGUAUCGACAGUACUCGCCACUGGCCACUUCAAGUUGAUAUGACCAACGGAGACUAUCGCGACUCAAUUAUUCGGUCUGGCCUACUUUGCGUCCAAAAAAAGGAUGAACAUGACCAACGGCCAAUGUAAAAGGAGAGUUCAUUAACUAAGCUUCGAAUGCAAAAAAAAGUUUAUUGUAUAUAGCAUGCAAACUAUGCGAAAAUAGAUAAAAAGUAU